AUGGCCAACCUACAGUAUGCACAGCUUCCCAAGUUUGAAUAUCAGACAUUCGAGCGUCAAUAUCAGACCUUCGACCGUCAAACUUUGCAAUUUUCGUUUUAUCCCGUCACUGCUACUUCUUCGGAUGGUCUGACAUCGGAUAAGGAUCAGGAUAUCACCAACAACGCGUCCAAUUCAGAGGAAGGCCCAUCCCCAGAGAGUGCUCCAGUAGAAGGAUCAAGUAGUUCUCCCGAUGACGCUGCACCUGCACCAGAAUCCGAAGAGUCACCUGAAGCGGCAGCUGCUCCACCUCAGUCUGAACCGUCAGAUGAGCCUGCACCAGAAGCCAAGGAAGAAGGAGAACCUGCGCCAGAGGCAGACGGUACCGAGCAGAAGGCGGAAGACGCUGCCACCCCCGACGAGUCCGAGACGCAAGCGGCCACUGAGGAUGACGCGCAAGACCCACCGCCCGAGGAAGGUGAUGGUGCCGCAGCUGCGGUAGAUGAGAGUCCCGCGCCAGAAAGCAAGGAAGGCGACAGCAACGAGGAUGAUUUUCCAGAAUGUGAUCCGUCCGCGGAGCUCGAUAAGGUCGAGGCUGAGAAAGAGGAGGCGGCACGGCAAGCGGAGGAGGAUGCAAAAGCAGAAGAGGAGGCAGCAGCAGCAGCAGCCGCAGCAGGUGUCCCUGAUGACGUCGAUAUUGAUACUGGAAAUGAGAACUCACCUACAGACAAUCCGGACAGCGAAGAAGCUGCUCCCGUACAGGACGACCCACCGACGGCCGGGUCGGCAGAAGAAGAUGCGACGAAACCCGACACGGAGGAUAGUCCAGCCCCGGACGGACCUGCUGAAGAACAGAGCGAUCCACCACCUGAAGCGGAGGUAGUUGACGGCUUGGCCGAGGCUGCCGAGGCUGCCGAGGCUGCGGACUCAAAAGAGCAGCCCAUCAAUGAAGAACAAGCUUCCACCGAGGAACCUCCUGCUGAGGAGCCCGCCGCGUCAACUGAAACGGCGGAGGACAACACUCCAGAAGAAGCGGUAGCUGCCAAGGAUGCAACAGCAGAUGACGUUGCAGACGAAACCGCACUGGAAGAGCCCACGCUAGAGGAGCCCACUGCUGAGAAAACCCCUGAAGAGCCUGGGGUUGAAGAAAGCCCAGUCGAGGACAAGCACGAGGAGGUAGCCGAAGCUCCCACAUCGGAAGAAGCAGCAGCUGAGACACCGGCCGUGGACGAAGCUGUGGCUGAAGAUGCUGUCGCCGAAGCGGUUCCAGAAGCACCGCCAAGUGAUGAGGUGGCUCGACCAGAGGAAACUCCUGCGGAAGCUCCAGCGGAAGAAAAGGAAGAGGACGCCCAUGAAAUACCACCCGAGCAACCUCCCACUGAAGAAGCUGCUAAAGAGUCGCCGCCUUCGGAAGAAGUUGUCGAAGAAUCUGCUUCCCCCGAACCUGAGGCCGAAGAGCCGGCACCUACCGAACAGUCCCCACCUGCAGAUGAGCCUGCGCCUGAAGAAUCUCCUGCUGCUGAGGAGCCACCCCCCGCAGCGCCUGAAGCCGAAGAACCUGCGCAACCGGAGGAGACCCCAGCUGAAGAAUCUCCUGUUGCAGAAUCGACUACUGUUGAGGACGUGACCCCUGAAGAACCUGCUCCUGUUGAAGAGGCCCCUGCAGAGGAACCUGUUGCUGAAGAGCCUACUCCAGAAGUCGAAUCUGCUCGAGCUGAAGAGGCUGCCGCUGAGGAACCGCCUCCUGCCGAAGAACCUGCUCCGACCGAAGAACCUGCUGUGGCUGAAGAACUCACUCCAGUUGAUGAGGCUCCUGUUGAGGAGCCUGCCCCAACAGAAGAACCCGCGGCUGAAGACCCAGCUCCAGCCGCGGAGGCUAACGAGCCUAUUCCAGCGGAAGAGCCUGCUCCUGCUGAUGAACCCGACAUAGUUGAAGAAUCCGCUCCGGCUGAUCCACCUGCGCCUGUUGAAGAGCCGGCUCCUACUGAGGAAUCUUCCCCUGUUGAAGAACCUGCCCCCGUUGAGGAGCCUGCUGCCGCUGAGGAGAUUCCUGCUGAGGAACCCACGCCAGUUGAAGAGUCCGUUGCUGCUGAAGACCCUGCUCCAGCGGAGGAACCUGCCCCCGUUGAAGAGCGUGCUCCCGCCGAGGAGAUUUCUGCUGAGGAGCCUGCAUCUGCACAAGAACCUGCUGAGGAAUCCGCGCCAGUUGAAGUGUCUGUCCCUGCUGAAGAGCCUGCUACCGUGGAAGAGGCUCCUGUUGAGGAGUCUGUCCCUACUGAGGAAUCUGCCCCCGUCGAAGAGCCUGCUGCCGCCGAGGAAAUUUCUCCUGAGGAGCCAGCAUCUGCACAAGAACCUGCUGAGGAACCCACGCCAGUUGAAGAGUCCGUCCCUGCUGAAGAGCCUGCUCCAGCGGAGGAACCCGCUACCGUGGAAGAGGCUCCUGCUGAAGAAUCUGCCCCCGUUGAAGAGCCUGCUGCCGCCGAGGAAAUUCCUCCUGAAGAGCCAGCUCCUGAGGAACCUGCCGUCGUCGAAGAACCUGCUCCUGUGGAAGAGGCUCCUGCUGAGGAGUCUGUUGCGGUCGAGGAGCCUGUUCCAGCUGAGGAAUCCGCCCCCGUUGAAGAACCUGCUGCCGCCGAGGAGAUUCCUGCUGAGGAACCUGCCGUUGUAGAGGAAGCUGCUCCUGUUGAGGAACCUGCCCCAGUCGAAGAACCCGCUCCUGUGGAACAAGAAGUCUCCGAAGAGGCUGCAGUCCCUAUUCCUGUUGAGGAAACCUCAAGAGAUAUCGAUGGCCUGGAGCCUUUGGAAGCAGCCUUGCCAGCUGUUGUUCCAGCCGCCGUGGCAGCCGAACGUGCACGCAGAAGGAAAAGGCGGUCCCCGGAUCUGGGACAGAGAGGACAUUCGAAGAGUUCCUCUGAGGAAGUACGAAAAACAUUGCCACGCCAGAAACUUGAGCGAAGUGGCAGUCUCCUUGAUCGGUGGAACAAAUCCCUCGAGGAAGCUAAGAGACAGCAUGAAGAAAAGCAAAGGCAGGAGGAAAAACGGAGUCAAGACAAAUUGCGUGCUCCCGAGAACGCAGAGAAGGACAGGCAUUCCUUGGAGCGAGAGCGCUCUAAACGAAGCGAGCGUUCGUCCAAAGAAGAAGCUGCUGUGGAUAUCAAGCCCAGUCGACGAAGGUCCGAGCGCUCAGGCAGCUAUGAAGUCGAGCGUUCUUCGCGAGAAAAGGCUGCCGCGAGUAUCGAACCGAGCCAACGGACCGGAGAGCACUCGAGUAGUCGCGGAGGCGAACGCAGAAGCACCUCCUCAAGGGACGGCCAUGCAUCGGGUUCAAAGCCGCGAGCCUUCUUGAAAUAUAUGACAGCGGCCGAAUCAGACACAAACGGUCCCCUUCUCAAGAUCAAUGGUGACAAAGCUGCUGCAAAUGUGUUUGAACGUCGGUCUUCCACAAGCCAUUCCCACAGUCACCGUCACUCGCACGAAGGAAGAGGGUCCACGGACCGUUCCACAAGCUCCCAUCAUGCGGAGGAGGAAGAGCAGGCUCGACGCGAGAGACGGGCGCGACGAAAGGCCGCGGGCGAAGCAGAGCAGGCAAAGGAAAGAGAAACAUCCGACCAUCAUCGUCACCGUCAUGGUGGAGAAACACGCCAUCACCAUCACAGACAUCGGAGAGAUGAGCCUCCUAAGGAACAGUCGAAGCUCAAGAAUAUUCUCAAAGCAGUUGUUGCUCAUUAA